AUGUGUGAGAAGCUGAAGGAGCUACUGGUUCAAUUUAACCAAGAAAAUUUAUUUAAGGAACUAUCUGGUGACGACAAAUUCCAUAAUACAUAUAAUACUUGUAUCAUUUUAAAGUUUUUGCUAGAUGAAGUGCUUCGUGAAAGUCCUGAUGGUCGAUCACUUAUUUCAUUGCGUUCAGAUGACGAGAAAACACCCAGGCUAACUGAAAGUCAGCGUUGUAAACUAAUAAAUGCAAUUUGUAGCUACACAGCUGAGCACAACAUAGAAUUGCGAACAAACCACUUUUUGGACAUAGUAAAAGAAAUUGGAGAGUUUUUUCCAGGUGAAAAGGAAUAUCUGGACUAUUAUUACAUUAAAAGAAAAGUUGGUGGUAGCCCAUCCGGAAAAUUGUACUCAAAAUACGUAAACCUUUAUUACAAACGUAAAAGACUUAGCACUAUUUCGGCUGAGGCUACGAUCGUUGAGUCUUCUAAAUGUUCCGAAUCUCCAGAGUUUGACGAAAGGAUUUUAUCUGGUCUUAAAACAGAAUGGCAACGUGACUGCUCCAAUUGGGAUACAGUAUGCGAUAGAUGGGCCAAGACGUUUCCUCUGCGACGCAAAGAGUUGAAGGAAUUAAAUAACGUGCACUUUUUAAAACAGUGGCCGAAGUUAUUGGACGGCAGAUCAGUUUCUUUGAUAAAUAUUGACUUUGACGUGUUGUAUCCUUCCAAGCAAUAUAUUCUGAAGUCCAAGUUUGAAAAAUUUAAAAACAGGAUUUGUAAAUAUUACCAAAUAAAUUUGCGAAAUCAACUCUCUAAAUCAGCUCUAAAGGAUGCUAUAGAAAGCAAUAAUUUAAAUAAGGAAGACUGCACAUUGAUUACGUUGCUGAACUCUACACUGCACACUUCGUUCAGAUUCGAGGACUCAUCCGGUAAGAAGAAGAAAAAGGCAACUAUAAGUGAUGCAGAGGAUUUUUUUAUACUGCAUGUCAAAUGCAUUGCCAAUGUUCGUGAAAAAAUUCAAGAGCUAGUUGAAAAAAGCUUUGUAAAUGAUACAACUCUUCAGCCUUUUAUUAUUGUUGAAGAUUUUGUAAGAAUACUAAAUCAGAAACAAGGAUCAGUGCAGAAGAAACCAACCUCAGAACAGUACUAUCUUACGAAAAUGACUUAAAACAUAUUAACUCCGGAAUCAAAAGUGAGUGUCCCUUGAAUAAAUUAAGAUAUUUUCACGUUAUUAAUAACGUUUCCUUCGAUAUAAUGCAUGAUAUGUUAGAAGGUGUUUGCGUGUACGACACUUCAAAAAUUUUAUUAAGCCUUAUUGAAUCCAAAGUAAUUACCAUUGACUUACUAAACAACAGAAAAAAUUUAUUUCCAUAUGGUGAAUUAGAAGUUGGCAAUGUGUCAAAAGUUUUAUCUAAGAAAAACUUACAAUCAUGCAACCUAAAAAUGACUGCAUCUGAAAUGUUGUGCUUUAUAAGAUAUUUGCCAUUAAUGUUAGGUGAUAUCGUUCCAAAAGAAAAUAUAUUUUGGAAGUCUCUCCUCAACCUAAUAUCUAUCCUUGAUUUUCUUAUGAAAGAUGAGUAUUCAGAAAAUGAUUUGAUUUAUUUAGCAAAGCUCAUCAAAGAACAUCAUGAAACAUAUGUUCGUUUAUUUGGACAUCUUAAACCAAAACACCACUUCAUGGUACAUUAUCCGAAAGCAAUUGAAUGGGUGGCCCAUUGAAAUACUUGUGGUAAAUGAGAUUCGAGGCGAAACACAAAGAUACUAAAAUCUAUUUCAACAGCAUAACUUCACGCUUGAAUCCAUCUAAAAGUAUAGCGCGAAGAAGUUGUUUCCAAUUUUCUUAUUUUUUACUAAAAUAUUCCCUAGGGGUUCCAAAAGAAUUCGAAGAAAAUUAUUUUCAAAAUCAUAACCCAGAUCUUUUAAAAAUCUUUGAAAGCAAUGAAUUUGGAAUUGAUAUAAAAUCAGCAAAAACAUCAUUUGAAAUAACUUAUAAAUGUUCCAUAUAUAAACAAAAAUAUUACAUUGGCAUUUUCUGCAAAGAUUUUAAGCUUUACAAAAUUAACUUUUUUUUGCUAGUUAAUGACAAAAUAUUCAUAGCAUGUAAUGAAAUUGCAAUAAAAGGAUUUGACAAGCACUUUGUGGCUUAUGAAGUAGGAGAAUGUGUUAAUGAAAACAUUGUUACUCCAAUAGAUAACUUUUCUACUCGUCCCAUGCAUUUGUACACAAUUGCAAAUGGUAAAACUUACGUUAGAUAUAAGA